AUGUCCAUACAUAUCUUCACAUCACUAUUCUUCUUCGGCCAAAGUAAACGUCUCUGCACGAUGUCAAAGCUAGUGAUACAGGCUGUUUUGCUAAUUAUUGAAGUCCUUUCCAUUCCCGUUGACAAUGGUGUUGAUGGUGAUCCGGAAAUAGAAUGCGGAACUUCUUCGAUAGCAAUCAACGCUAACACGCGCAAUCCUUUCAAAGGCCACGUAUACGUCAAGGAAAAUUUGAAUCUGCACUUCUCCAUCUCAUCCCAACAUAGUAGUUUUCAUCUUUAUGGAUUCUACAUUGACAACAACUGCCGAUCCGAUGAUGGCGGGAGGCGAGUGGCUGGCAUCGUCGUUGGCUUUCACGCUUGCGGUCUGAUGCGGACUCGAUCGCUUAAUCCGCGUGGAGUUUUCAUGGUUACAACCAUCGUGGUUUCCUUUCAUCCGAAAUUCAUUACAAAGGUGGAUCGCGCCUAUCGUAUCUCAUGUUUUUACAUGGAGGGAAGUGGGAGCGUUUCAUCUCCUCUUGUUGUCUCGGAAAUCACUACAACGAGCAUGAUGAGGGACGUGCAAAUGCCAGUGUGCAAAUAUGAGGUAAGCACUUGCAUUAAAAAAUCUGAACUUCUCUAUUUCUUUGGAAUGAGCUGAUU